AUGGCGGCGUGCAGCCUGGGCCGCGGCGUCGGGCGGCUGUUGGGCAGCUUACGCGGGCGCUCGGGGCAGCCGCUGCGCGGGGUGAGCGCCCGGCGCGGGGCAGCCUCCUGGCUCCCGGGCCGCGCCCCCGCCGCCGCCGCUGCCGCCGCUGUAGCCGGCGCGCCUCCAGGCUCGUACCCCGCGCUGAGCGCGCAGGCGGCCCGGGAGCCCGCCGCCUUCUGGGGGCCGCUGGCGCGGGACAUGCUCGUGUGGGACACCCCCUACCACACCGUCUGGGACUGCGAUUUCAACAGCGGCAAGAUCGGCUGGUUCCUGGGAGGCCGGCUGAACGUGUCCGUGAACUGCUUGGAUCAGCACGUGCAGAAGGCCCCUGAGAGCGUUGCUUUGAUCUGGGAGCGCGAUGAGCCAGGAACGGAAGUGAGGAUCACCUACAGGGAGCUGCUGGAGACCACGUGCCGCCUGGCCAACACACUGAAGCGCUAUGGAGUCCGCCGGGGGGACCGUGUGGCUAUCUACAUGCCUGUGUCUCCGACAGCUGUGGCGGCCAUGCUGGCUUGUGCCCGGAUUGGAGCCGUCCACACUGUGGUCUUUGCUGGCUUCAGUGCAGAGUCCUUGGCUGGGAGGAUCAAUGAUGCCAAGUGCAAGGUGGUCAUCACCUUCAACCAAGGACUCCGGGGAGGACGCGUGGUGGAGCUGAAGAAGAUAGUGGAUGAAGCCGUGAAGCAGUGCCCGACCGUCCAGCACGUCCUGGUGGCUCACAGGACGGACAGCAAGGUCGACAUGGGGCACCUGGAUGUCCACCUCGAGCAGGAAAUGGCCAACGAGGCCCCUGUGUGUGCCCCAGAGAGCAUGGGCAGCGAGGACAUGCUGUUCAUGCUGUACACCUCCGGAAGCACCGGCAUGCCCAAGGGGCUCGUGCACACGCAGGCCGGCUACCUGCUGUACGCUGCCCUGACGCACAAGCUCGUGUUUGACUACCAGCCAGGUGACGUCUUUGGCUGCGUGGCCGACAUCGGCUGGAUCACUGGACACAGCUACGUAGUGUAUGGUCCGCUCUGCAAUGGAGCCACCAGCGUCCUUUUUGAGAGCACUCCAGUUUAUCCUGAUGCUGGUCGGUACUGGGAGACAGUGCAGAGGUUAAAGAUCAAUCAGUUCUACGGCGCACCCACGGCCGUCCGGUUGUUGCUGAAACACGGCGAUGCCUGGGUGAAGAAGUAUGACCGCUCCUCGCUGCGCACACUGGGGUCAGUUGGAGAGCCUAUCAACAACGAGGCCUGGGAGUGGCUCCACAAAGUAGUGGGGGACAGCAGGUGUACGCUGGUGGACACUUGGUGGCAGACAGAGACGGGUGGCAUCUGCAUCGCGCCGCGCCCCUCAGAAGAAGGGGCGGAGAUCCUGCCCGGCAUGGCCAUGAGGCCCUUUUUCGGCAUCCUCCCCGUUCUCAUGGAUGAGAAGGGCAACAUUGUGGAGGGCGGCGACGUCUCCGGGGCCCUGUGCAUCUCCCAGGCCUGGCCAGGCAUGGCCAGGACCAUCUAUGGCGACCACGGCCGAUUCGUGGACGCCUACUUCAGGGCGUUCCCAGGUUACUACUUCACUGGAGACGGGGCAUACCGAACUGAGGGUGGCUACUACCAGAUCACGGGGCGCAUGGAUGACGUCAUCAACAUCAGCGGCCACCGGCUGGGUACCGCCGAGAUCGAGGAUGCCAUGGCGGACCACCCUGCAGUGCCAGAAACCGCUGUCAUCGGCUACCCCCACGACAUCAAAGGAGAAGCUGCGUUUGCCUUCGUCGUGAUGAAAGAUGACAGCGGUGACACGGAUGUGGUAGUGAAUGAGCUCAAGUCAGCUGUGGCCACGAAAAUCGCCAAAUACGCCGUACCCGAUCACAUUCUGGUGGUGAAACGGCUCCCCAAGACACGCUCUGGAAAAGUCAUGCGGCGACUGCUGAGGAAGAUCGUCACGGGCACGGUGCAGGAUCUGGGGGACACCACCACCCUGGAGGACCCCGGCGUCAUCAUGGAGAUCAUGAGCACCUACCAGAAGUACAAAGAGAGGCAGGCGGCCGCCAAGUGAGACAGUGCACCGCGGCCGCCGGGCCAAGGCCGAACCUGAGCCCCUCCCUGCCCUGAUGCGGCUCCACCUGUCCCAGCCCAUAGCCCACUCCACCCUAAUGUGAAACCCAGCUGAGGCCCCUUUCUUCCUGCUGAGGGGCUUGCAGCAGUGAGGCCCCUGGAGGGGCACUGUCAGACCUGAGUAGACUUUGUCCCCUGGUCCGCAUUUAGUUUCUCGGAGGGAAAGUUUCCCCGUCCCCUCUGUCCCCUGCCCUCUUGGAGCAGCGUGGGGACAGAGGAAGCCUGAUUAAAGUGUGUCUGCUCACACAGCUUAGAACAGAAGCAACCAUGUUCUCACCGGCUGUUUUUAGAUGUGCAAGGCAGAGAUUUCAUCUUUUAUAUUGUAUAUGUUAGGACAAUGGUGUGGAAGCACUCACGUGUAAUGUGUGAUUUGCCUGUGCACACUCAUUGUGACACCAUUUGAUGGAAAUCCCCCUGCUUUGCCCCCCCCCCCCCACACCACUGAUGGGGCAGUUCCGUGAGUGUCAGAGUGCACGUCCAGUUAGGGUCAGCACGUUCAGAAAUCAGAAUUGGAGAUGUUUGCUGCCCUGAGAACCUCUGAGCCUGCUGCCUGCUGUGUGCCUACGGGCAGUGGGGGGCGGGGGUGUCUCCCAGUUCACCUUGUAAUGGAACUCGCCCCUAAUGGCUGGUGCACCUGCUCACCUUCAGCUGUACCCCCUGGUCAUGUUGUGUGUCUCUAAGCUGUGAGUGGAGAGAGUUUUCUCUCCCCUGGAUGCCCCGUGGCAGGAGGCGAGCAUGCUCCAACUCAGCAGGGUCACUCAGGGAAGAUUCCAGAGCCUUGCGAUUGCACUCGGCAGGUUGGAAGUGGGCCCCUGUGUACCCUGCCUGCCCUUCCGCCUGUGAUCGCAGCUCUGAAUCGAGUCUCUCCCUUUCUCGCUCUUCCUUUUGAUGUGCCUUAAGUCCUCUGAACAUGAGCACCAUUAUGGAAAUCUUGAGGUCCCUAAGUGCCUACAGUGGUGACAGGCGGAGGUAACCCCAUGAACUGGGUCCUAGAGGGCAGGGAAAGUCCCCACCCCCCCUUAACUGUGCCUCAUAGCGCCUUACGGCUGGGUAGGUGUUCACGGGGUAUCUGGGGUGCUAAACACCUACCACAGAUGUGCUGGCCUCUUGGGUAAACAAGUGAGUGGGCCUGGGACAACCAAGUGUGGCACUGGCUGUACAACGCACACGUACUGAGCUGUGGUCUCAUUAGCAUUAGCCACAAAGAGCCAUGCACCGGGCUUGGUGGACUGUGGUUGUGGUGCUAUUUAUGAAAUGGCUUUGGUUUCCACAUUGCUGACAAUGUAGACAGCAGUGCAGGUCUGAGAGCUGCCUGUAGAGGAGUUCAAAUAAAGCUUUAUUUUAUUCA